AUGUCGACAAUAUCGUCACCCAGGCCGUCUAUUGCUUCUGCACACACGCCCACGCCCACCGGCUCCCGAAGGCCGUCAAUUGACAGUUUAGCUGUGAGCAUCACAUCCACUCCAACUCAUCGCGCGCCCUCUCCAUCCCUCGCACAACGGCGCAAUAGAGCAGCCUUACGAGACUACUAUAACCUUUCAGCAAACCGCGCCGACCCCUUAGCUUCAGCUCAACCCAGAGCGCGAAGCGUCCCACGCACUCCAGAUGGCCUAGCCACCACGCCGGCCACACCCAUCAGCAACAGCGAGCUCGACAACGCGAACUUUGACCCAUCCUCAUAUGUCUCGCAUCUUCUAUCUACGUCUUCUCUGUCUACAAUCUUACGAGCCGAAAAUUCGCUUGUUAGCGACAUCCGAACGCUUGAUGGGGAACGCAAGGCGUUGGUCUACGAUAAUUAUUCGAAACUGAUAAAAGCGGUGGAAACGAUUGGUAAAAUGAGGGCUAGUUUAGAGGAAGAAGGUGCUCCGAUGGUCAUGACCAAAACUCUCGGGCCCGCGGUUGGAUUUGUUGCUGAGACUGCAAGUGCUCUAAUCAAGGAGCAGCAACAGGUGGAGAAAGCGAGUGGGAAUAAAAGCAGCCAGCCAAACAAUGACAACAGCGCAGAGAGACAAACCGUGAAAUGGGUAUUAGAUACGCCGAGGCGGCUAAGACGCCUCCUAGAAAAGAGUGAUAUUGAGAAUGCGGAAAAAGACUGGGAAGAGAUCAACAAGCUCCUAGCCAAGUGGGAAGGCGUAAAAGGUGUUGACGAGUUGAGGCGGGAAUGUGAAACCAUUUUGAAGGGAGAGGAAUAG